UUUGGCAAUGCGUUCCUGAAUCGCUUCCAGUGUUCCACUUUGAAUAAUCAAGUUCUGGAAAGUGUAACCAUCGUUGACACACCCGGAAUACUCUCUGGCGAAAAGCAAAGAAUCGAUCGUGGGUACGACUUCACUGGAGUAUUGGAAUGGUUUGCUGAACGUGUGGAUCGUAUCAUACUUCUGUUUGAUGCUCAUAAGCUCGACAUUUCGGACGAAUUCAAACGAUGCAUUGAGGCCCUUAGUGGAAACGAAGAUAAGAUUCGUAUCGUUUUGAACAAAUCCGACAUGGUAGAUCAUCAGCAGCUGAUGCGUGUUUACGGAGCAUUGAUGUGGUCCCUUGGAAAAGUGUUCAAAACUCCCGAAGUCUCUCGCGUGUACAUUGGAACUUUCUGGGACCAUCCACUUCACUAUGAUAUUAACAGGCGCUUGUUCCAAGAUGAGCAGCAUGACCUGUUCCAAGACCUUCAAGCCCUGCCUCGUAAUGCAGCACUUCGCAAACUCAACGAUCUUAUCAAGAGGGCGCGUCUAGCCAAGGUUCAUGCUUACAUAAUUUCCGAAUUGCGUAAACAAAUGCCAAGUAUGAUUGGCAAAGAAAAGAAGAAGAAGGAGCUUAUCCAAAACUUGGACAAAAUAUUCGAACAAGUGCAGCGAGAGCACAACAUUUCACCUGGAGACUUCCCUGAUGUCAAUAAAAUGCGUGAUAGGUUGCAAACACAAGACUUCACUCGAUUCAAUCCGAUAAAACCGAAAUUGCUCGAAAUCGUUGACGGAAUGCUUGCUAGUGAUAUUGCCCGACUCAUGGCUCAGAUACCGAAGGAAGAGGCUCAGGUGACAGCUGCUGCCACAACUAAUGGACAUGUAGCAGAGCAACCAACCGUGAAGGGAGGAGCCUUCAGUCAAGCUCAAGAAGCCGAAACUCCCUUCGGAUUCGGACGGGGCGAAGGUUUUGACAAGGGCGCUGAUGAACCUGAAUGGGUGGUUAGUCGUGAGCGGAGUCAAGCUGAUGCAACAUUCGAAAGUCUCGGACCUGUUGACGGCUAUAUCAGUGGGCGUGUUGCCAAAGAGCACAUGGUCAAAUCAAAACUGCCAAAUUCGGUGCUUGGAAAGAUUUGGAAAUUGGCCGAUGUCGACAGAGACGGACAAUUGGAUGCGGACGAGUUUGCUCUUGCAAACUAUUUGAUCAACCUCAAACUCGAAGGCCAUGAGCUGCCGGUCGAACUGCCUAAGCAUCUGGUUCCACCGUCAAAACGCGAAAUGGAGCCGGUCUACCCGAAAUUGGAUGACGAGUAA